AUGGUUCAACAUACAGAUGAAAUUAUUGCCACCAAUGGCACUGAAAGUACAGUCGUGUUGGACAAUUUGUCUAACUACAUGGUUAUUGGCUGGGAUAUUGACACCACUGGUCGCCGUUUAUUGGAUGAAAUUUGUCAUAUUUCUGGUUAUACACCAAAGUCAAUGUUCAGUCAAUACAUAAUGCCGCACAAUGACAUCGAUCAAGUAGCCAGAAGACGUCAUCUUUUGUGCACUAUAACUAUGGGCCGUUUUCGUGCAUUAAAAGAUAUCAAAUCGAACAAAGUAAUCUAUUGUAUAUUUUAAAUUACUUUCCUACAAAUAUGUUUAAAGGAACAAUUUUUUGGUUAACUGGUAAUAAUAUUUUUUUUAAUCGAGUGAAGCAAAAAUUGUAUUUGUUUUUAAAUGGUGUGCAUUUAUUUAUUUUUUUUAUCUGUAAACAACUAUUUUACCAGAAAUCUUUCUCCAAUGUAACAAGUUAAGUAUCUUUUCCGAAAGGAAAUUUUAUCUGAGUGAUUCUCUUAAAAGGUAAUUUUUUUAUGAUUUUUCAACUGGUUUUCAUAAUAACUAGAAAAAAUCGAAAAUAGAACAAAAUUUAUUAUUUUCAAUUUUGGUUUGUGUUGUGAUACAGUUAAAAGUUUUCAUAGAGACUUGAUAUUUGAACAGAAAACUUCAUUUACCUUCUCUAGACGUAGUAACAUUUUCUAAACAUUCUAGUUAUUUUUGAGCUAUUUAUAGACAUUUUAAUUUUGUUUUUAUAUCAUUUUUAUUCGGUAUGAACUUUGUAGACAAAAUUGUUCAAAUUUAAUACAAGUUUCAUAAUAAGCCAUAUUUUGUGGUUUGCAAAAAAAAAAAAAAAAGAUUUUAAUGAAGAAUUUUAUUAUCAAAUUUUGAUGAAAAUCUUAAAUAUAAAUAUCGCCUUUUAAACAUAUAUAACCAAACUCCUCUCGGAAUCAUUUUUCAUUGGCAAAUAUUAAUCGUUACGUACAUAAAUACAUUCAAUUUCUCUAUAUAUCCUACCUUCUUAACUUCUAACUUCCAACAGUGUUGUGCCUAUUGUGUGAAGUAUGUCCUUUUUUUUUUUAAGUAAUAAUUAUGGUAUUACUUUAAACAUUUUUAUUGGGUACCAUUAUAUUAUCUUGACAAUCAUAAAUUCUGUCAUUACCAUUGACUAAUGAUCAUGUUUGAUUUUAUGCUGAGUAUGUUUUUAAAGAGAGAAUAACACUUUUAAUUUAUUAUCACAACUGAAUAUUUGGAAGCAUUUGUUGCAAAACAUGAAACAUUUAUUUUACAAGUGCUUGUUAUAAUUUGUAACAUCAUGUGGUUUUUUUUAAUAAUAAAAGGAAAAAAAAAGGACUGAUAUACUUAGCACAUGACUGCAGCCACUGUUAUAGGUGGGAAGUUGGUAAUAUAGGAUACCGAUGGGAAUUUAAUGUAUAUCUGUAAGCAAUGAUAAACCACUGCUAACGAUAAAACCAUUCUGAGCGGAGUUUAUUGAUAGUGUUGCUUUGUCAAUAAUAUAUUUUUCAUGUUAUGGUAAAAUAAUUGUAACAAUGUACUUUUCCAUAACAGUAAUGAUUAUUUAAAAAAGAUAAAAACUUAAUAAUAACAAAAUAUAAAUAAAAACUUUUAACAUAAAGAACCAGGUUUUCUUCACUAUCUCAAAUAUUAAUGAGAAGUUCAAAAAAAACCUCUCUAAUAUACCACCCAGUGAACACUUCCAUUCAUAAAAGAUGUUUUACUUGUUAAUUGGAAUAAGCUUUUUGGUAGAUAGUCCUUCACAGUAUUUUGUGAACACGUGUUCACAUAAAAAAAAAAAAAAAAAAAAUGAACAUUAUUGUAAAAUCAAUAAAUUUCUCAUCUCUACUCAGAAUCUAACUAAAAUGUUAAUUUUAUUACAUGUGUUUUAAGUAUUUUAAGUUGCAAAAUAAUAGUCAGAAUUAGUAUUCGAGCUAAUGGUAAAGUACUUUUUAUUGUUACAAUACCUUAUUUUACAUUUUCCUGGAUGUUAACUUAUGACGUUUAAAACAAAAUAAAUGUAAAAUGUAAAAUGUUUUUUUAGUAUACAAUUUAAUAUUUUAAUUUAAUAAAGUUUAACUCAAGUUUUUCUAGAAUUUUUGAUUUAUAUUUACUUUUUUUUUUUUUUUCAGACAUUAAAAUCAAAAAGUGAAAUAUCUGCUCUAGCCGAAUUUAUUGAAUGGUUAGAACAAAUAUUAAAAGAUAAUGGUAAAAAAAUGGCCAUUUUAGUGUGCCAUGAAGUUACCAAGUUCAAUACCAGUCUUCUAAUUAAGUCUCUUCUUGCGUAAGAAUAUACAUUAAAACAAAUUUAUUUUAAGUAUCAACAUACCUAUUCUUUCUAUUUUUUAUUUAUAGCUAUAAUUUAAUGGAUAAAUUUUCCGAAUUAGUCAAAGGUUUUGCCAACUGCCAUACAUUUGCUCAAACUCAUUGUCAAGAUACCAUGGUUAUGUUUUCUCUUAGAGUUCUUUCUAAAGUUCUUUUAGAUAAAGAUAACAUUGAAACUUUCAAGGCAACUGAACGUGCUAAAUUAGCUUAUGAGGUAUGAUUACAAUCAUAUUUGUUUUAUAGUUUAUAAAUUGUUACAAUACAAUUGAAUUAAUUAUUUAAAAUUAUUUUAGAUUGUUCAACAUUUAUGUGUUACUUUGGAAGGUGGCAAUGGCGAUGGAAAAGAAGUAGUAACUGGUAGUGAAGUUUCUGAGGAGACAAAGGUAAAGGCAUUAUCUACUUUCCUUACAGCCCUGGAUUUUGAAGAAACCACUCUACAUAGCACUCAAGAAUUGUUAGCAAGACAAAAGUCACUAAACACAGUUUAUCUAAGAUCCUUAUCAUUCCACUCCUCGACCGCGGAUCGUAAGAAAGCUAUCGGUUAUCGUAAUUCUAUUGCAAAAGCAAAUAUUGAUUACAUGACACUCCAAAACUUAUGGACUGUAAGUUUAAUUGAUAAUUUUUUGUUUUUUCAUCAAAAUUAAUAUUGUUGUUUUUAAAUUGAUUUCCAGGAAAAUAAAGAUGGUUUCAAGGAUAUUGUAAAAGAAAAGUUGUCAGGAUUGUCUGACGAAGAAAAAGAAAACAUUGCCAUUAGUAUAAUAAAGCAUUUUGAAAAUCCUGAACCUAUUCCUUCACCUUUUAAAGGUAGCCAAAAGUACAGUGGUAGAUACAGAAGAUACAGCAGUAGGGAUAAGGAGACUAGAAAGAGUUCGUCUGAUAAAGAAAACGACCCUGGUACCCUAUCACCAACAUCAACCGAUCAUAAAAUAGAAGAAGUAAAGCCCCAAAGUGUAAUUACCAACAGUCAAGAAAAUGGUAAUAACUAAUUCAUAACCAAAGUUUGAUUACCAUUUUAAGUAUUAAGUAUUAAAAAAAAUCCAAAAAAAAAAAAAUCUAAAAAAAAAAAACAGAAACGUUAUGAUUUUUGUUGUUCUCCAUAGACUAAGUUUUAUAUAUAAAUAACUUAAAUUUUAAAUAUUUCAACUAUAUCAAACCAAAAUCUUAAGUUUUACCACUUUUCACGUUCUAAUAAUUAUUUUCCAUUUAGAUAUUAUAUUAUAAUUUUAUUUUUAAAAAAAAUCGGGUCGAUUUUAUUAAUAUUAGUUUUCUUCAUGUUCUAUUUCUAUUUUAAUUUGUAAGAACGUUGAUAAGUUGAGAUCAUUAUAACAAAUAUAUAUAUUACACAAAAACUUAUCUAUAAAACAAUAAACAAUUUGUCUAAUAAAGUAGUUAUUUUAUUUUAUUGAUUAUUAUAACUGUUUAAUAAUAAUGCCAGUUUUAUAAUUUUUGGUUUACAUUGUUUUAACGUAAUAAUAAUUUAGGCUUUUUGCUAUUAAUUUUUAAUUUUAAUCAAAACUUGAUCAUUUCUUUGAAAGUGUUCAUUAACUAUUGUAAAUAAUAAUAAUGAUUGCUUGCUCAAAUAAUUUUACGAUUAAAUUAUAAAUGUUUAGAGGUUAUUUGAUCUUCAAAUGUAUACUAAUUUAAUAAUUUGAACAAUGACAAUAUAAUGCAUGUCUAAUUUCAUUAUAAAUAACUGUUUAACAGUUAUAGUACAGAGUAAAUAAAAUAUAAAAUACUGGGGAAUUAUAAUUCUCCAUAGUAAUUUAUUUUGAAAAACAUUUUUUAAUCAAAUUUUUAUUUUUAAAUAAAUAUAAUAGCAAUACGUAAAUAAUUACUUAAUAUUUUCACAAUUUAAUUAAGAACCUAUGGUAAGUAAUUUUAUUUUUAAAUAAACAUUUUGUUUUAUUCAUGUUGAUUUAUCUGUGUUUAUUAUUAUAUUUUUUUUUUAAUAAUCCUCAGUGAAAUCAUUUAAAAAAUUGUUUAUUCUUUAUACCAUUUAAUACCUUCUUGGUCUCUUGUUAAAAUUGAUAUCUGUGCAUAUUAGUGAUAAUUUUGUUGUAUAUUGUAGAUGGUAAAAGUAUUUUACCUUAUGAUAUGAUUAUUAAGUAUAUUAUUAUACUAUUAUUUAAUUUUUCUUUUGUCUAUAAUGUUUAAUUAAACACGUUGGCAAGUUUAUCAAAAUUAAAUUUAUUUAAGAUUUUAUAAAUUAAACCAUGAUGACUAAUGGAAAUCUGGAAUAGUCAGAAUUUAUAUGAAAGUAGAAUUUUAAUUUCAAACUUCAAUCUAUUUUAAAUAAUUUUUAUAAGAGUGAUAUAUUUAUAUUAAGUAUUAAGAUGAAAUUUUAUUAUUUUUUUAAAUCCAUUUUAGAUUCUGAGCAGAGCAAGGAAUGUAUUAGUUUUGCAAUGAUUUUAUUUUUUUCAAGUGUACCAUCUUUUCUGAAGGGAAAUUUGGAAAUUUUAGUGGGGUGAUACUUAAGAUAUAAUUUUUUUUAAUUUCCCUGGAGUUUUCAUCAAAAAUUUGUAAGUUUUCAAAUUUUAAAUAUUAGUCUUUCAAAACAUGUAUAACUGAACUACUCUCAAUCAUUUUUGAUUAGCAAUAAUUAAUUGCUGCGUACAGAUAAAUAUUAUAUUAUCCUCUAUCUUCCCAACUUCUGACGUACAACAAUAUCCCAUCCAUUGUGUGAAAUGUGUCAGUUUGUUUUUUCACAAUAUCAUUGAUAUUUGUUUAAAUUGUAUCUGUAUGUAUAAGGAAGAGACCGUUCUGAAUAACUACUUAUUAUAAGAAAUAACAGAUGGGGUUGCAUAAGGUUGAUGGUCUGUAAAAUUCUGUCAAACAGUAUGAAGAGUUCUAAACAAGAUUUUCUUAUGUGACUGUGAACACUAGAUAGGAGGUAUCGUGUGUAUGUUUUCCAGAUGGUAUUCCUUUGAUAGGAGAAAAUCUGAAAUAAGUUAACAAUAGGCUUGAAGAAUGGAGAGUACCACUUGAAGGAGAGGGACUAAGGAUAAGUAGAAGUAAAACAGAUUAUGAGUUUGGAGGAACAGGACAAGACAGCUGAUGACAAUAAGCAGAUGUACGGUGUCUUUUAUGACUCAUGAGCAUGUGGAAUGUUGGAUUACGUGUGGUUGGAUAAAUCGGAGAGAAGUGUCAGGUUUUUUAUGUAACAAGAGUAUUCCAACGAGAUGGUUGGAUGCGAUUGAAAAUGAUUAGAAGACAACCAGUGUAUGCAAGAUGGGAGAUCUGGUCAAGUAGAAGUUUUAAACAAGGGUGGCCGACUCCAAAUAAUUGAAAUCAAAAGAGAAAAUACCUGUAUAUAAGAAAAAAAAAUCUAACCUCUGUGAAGUAUGACAAAUCACUUUUUAAUUUAUAUAUUUUCUACUAUCUGCCUUGUUUAUAUUGUUAAUAAAAAUGUAGGGAAUAUACAAUUUAUUGAAGAAAAUCCUGAAUAUAGCAAUUCUCGAAACCUAUAUGGUUACUAUGGUUAUAUAUUACUAUGGUUUAAUUUUAUAUUGUUUUUAGAUUAAAUCUCAAAACAUCCAAGUAUAAGUAAAAUUCCCAUAAUUAUUUUUUUGUUUAUAUUUAUAGUACAAACCUAGUAUAAUAAUAUUAAUUUAUCAUUUUCUAAAAGUUUUUCUUCAUUGGCCAAUUCAACCAAACCUCCAAUUAUUAAAACAAAUCUACCUACCAAGUAUAUAGAUUUGUAUAUUUUAAGUUUCUUAUACAGAAAAUAUAAAAAUCAUUACUGCAUUGUAGUAUUACUCUGAGGUGUAGCAUUAUUACUCUAUGAUAUGCAGCACUGAAUUUCUUUCUGGGAUAAUAAAUAUCUAUAUCCUAUAUCCUAUUCUCCAAUUAGAAAAUGUCAACAAGUCACGUCCAAAUAAGCCUAGAAUGAUGCUGACGUACUAUCAUCAUAGAAACAGCGAUCGGAGAGGCUCGAACUAAGAAAACUAUUAUUAUUGGAGAAAACGUAGAUCUCUGAGUUCUAUUUAUUUCAGGCACUACGUCGCUCGAACAAAUUUAUUUUUCAAAACCAAAAAAAGGAAAAGUUGAAACAAAAAUAUAUUCAUCUGGUUGCAUAGACCACUACAAUUAUGGUAGAGAUAUCACUUUAUUUUUGCACGCUAUUACUGGAUGUGGUACAACGUCUACUUUUUUCACUGAGGCUGGGCGCACACCUAAAGAGCAAAACUGCUCCGAGCAGCCUGGAUCAGCUCGGAGUUAUUUGGACAUCAUUAGAACACGUGUAAAGUAA